AUGGUGUUCGAGAAAUUGACGCAGAUCAGACCAGUAUUGUUUCUCCAGCAGAUGGUGCAAUUUCUCAGUUGGGCCAAAGGCCAAAGUUUUUCUGUAGACAAACUGAUUGGCGAUCCGCAAUUGGCUGCACCAUUUAUCAAUGGACGUAUGGCGGUUGUUCUCGUGGGUGCAAUGAUCGUUGCAGGAAUUGAAACUGUGGUGACUGGUAAGAAUAAAAUCACUUGGGAUGAACAGUUUAAAGCCAAUUCUAUUGUGGUGAUGGGUGAAGCUUUAGGGCAUACCGUUUAA